AUGCAGUCGUGGUCAUGGUCAUCGACGUCGACGUCGACCGCCAGCAGCCCGCCGCCCGAUCCCCGCCCGGCCGAGCCCGGGCCCGGGCCCAAGCCAUCCGCCGAUCUCGCGCUGCUGCACGCCAAGCUCGACCACCUGCUGCUGGUCCAUGAGGACGCCAUCGUCGGCGAGUACGUCCGCCGGUACCAGGAGGCGGCGGCGGCGGCGGCGGUUGCGGAGGCGGCGGCAAGCUCUGCCGGCGGCGGACCUCCGCUGCAAGUAUCCACGGGCUACGACUACGCAGCUUGCCGCCUGCGGACGGCAUCGGCGACGGGCCAGCGGCUCAUCGCCACGCCGGUCUCACCGCUCGGCGUUGUCUUCCUGUGGUCGCUGGCGGCGCUCCUUGCCGGCGGCCUCUUCCUCGCUCUGUGGGUCUUCUGGACCGACGCCGUCCUCGCUCUCGGCGCCCUCGGCGUCUCGCCGCUCGACGCCCGCGCCGUCGAUCCGGCCGCCGCUCCGGGCGCCAAGCGCGCCCUGCAGAUCCUCGUCCCGCUUUCGGCCUGGGCCCUCCUCUUCGGCCCGUUCCUCGUCCUGCAUGCCCUCGCUCUCGCCCCGGGCGGCCGCGUCGCCGCCGAUCUACCGGCCGCUGCCGGCGCCGGUGCCAGCGCCGCCGUUUACGGCGUCCUCUUUCUCGUCACCGUCGUCGCGCCGGCCGCCGAAGUUGCCCUCUCCGAGACGGUCAGCGACUCGGCCCGCCCGGCCCAGGCCGAGGCUGCCGCCCUCUGGCCGCCGCGCCUGUAUCGCGUCUUCUACCCGCGCGAGCGCCCGUGCUCGCUCAAUCUGCUCCCGCGCCUCGCCGUCGCUGCCGUCGCCGCCGCUCAGUACGGCGCCGCCCUCCCCUGGCUCGCCCUCGCCCUUGUCUACCACCCCGAGGCCACCCUCGCCGUCGUCGCCUCGGCCUCGGCCCUCGUCGCCGCCUUUGUCGUCCUCCUCCGCAACAUCCGCACCCGCCUCCUCCUCCGCUCCGCCUCUGAGUUUGAGGCCAUCGCUGCUUCGGCCUACCUCUACCUCGCCGUCCACCACGGUGCCCAGAUCGGGCUCUCCGACGCUCCUCCCGCCCGCGCCACCGUUCGCGCCGCCCUCGCCGCCCUCGCCGCCCUCCACCCGCGCGGCUGGCCCGAUCCGGCUGCCCAGCACCUCUUCCUUGCUCUCCUUGUUGCCCUCCGCUACGCCUCCCUCCACCGCGUCCACAUUGCCGGCGUCGGGCCCGACCUCGCUCCGCCGGGCUCCAUCGUCGCCGAAGACGGCUCCGAGCCCGCGCGCCGCCCAGCCGAUCCGCUCGCCCCGCCUCCGCGCGGCUCGGUCCUUGACACCAUGGCAUACGCCAUCAGCGGCGCCCGCGGACCGGAUUUACCUGCUCCUGGUCAAGCCAGCGUUACCAGCAGCCUCGCCGCCCGUCUCGCGCCGCUCGCCGACCCCCGCGCCCACGCCCGCGGCGUCGUCUCGGCCCGGCCCAUCCGCUUUGUCCUCCGCCCACCGCGCUGGCUCACUGAUCGCGUCUCCCGUGCCUGGGAGCGCGCCCGCCGCGACCAGCUCCGCGCCCUUGUCUCUUCUUUUGUCGUCCCGACCUUCCAGUUCACCGCCGGUGUCGCGGUCCUCGUCGUGGGGCCGAGCCAUCUCCUCGAUGCCAUGCCCGUCACCUCGACCACCGCCGUUGCCCUCGUCACCUCGCUCGUCGUCCUGCAGGGCCUCACCACUCCGCUCACCCUCUUCCGCGCCACCUUUGGCACAGUCGCCGACGACGAUGACGUCAAGCCCGAGCCCGGCCCGGCCGCAUCGCUCUCUACCCGCCUCCAUCUCGCCAACGGGCCCGAGCUGCCCGAUCUCGAGCUCCGCCCGGCUGACGCCCACCUCGCGCUCGACGGCGAGAGCGACGGCAGCGACGACGGUGGUCACCCCCACAUAACCCUUCGCGACGUCGGCCAUGAGCUCGACUUUCUGCGCCUCGCUCCGCCUCUGGCCACCCAGCCAUCACCCUCGCCCUCAUCACCCUCGCCCUCGCCCUCACCCAUCACCACCAUCCACCAUCGCCGCUCCGCCGCCGCCACAGCCGGACCCUACUCCUCGGUCCUCCAUCCGUGA